AGGCACUUCCGGAAGUGAUGCGCAGGGUUCCGGGAGAGUGCUGGCGGGAGAGGGGACAGGGCAGCGAUUGAAGCGGCAGCUGGAGGAUGAAGAAGGAGCAUGUUAGUCACUGUCAGUUCUCCGCGUGGUACCCACUCUUCCGAAGCCUUACCAUCAAGAGUGUCAUCCUCCCGCUUCCUCAGAAUGUGAAAGACUAUUUACUUGACGACGGGACUCUGGUGGUCUCAGGAAGGGAAGACCCGCCAACAUGCUCUCAGCCAGACAGUGGCGACGAAGCAGAGGAAACACAGUGGUCCGAUGAUGAGAGCACAGCCACACUUACGGCACCUGAGUUUCCUGAGUUCAAUACUCAAGUGCAAGAAGCUAUCAAUUCGCUGGGGGGCAGUGUCUUCCCUAAGCUUAACUGGAGUGCCCCAAGGGAUGCAUACUGGAUAGCAAUGAACAGUUCUCUGAAGUGUAAAACCCUCAGUGACAUCUUCCUGCUUUUCAAGAGUUCGGACUUCAUCACUCAUGACUUCACACAGCCGUUUAUUCAUUGUAAUGACGAUUCUCCAGAUCCUUGUAUAGAGUACGAGCUUGUUCUCCGAAAAUGGUGUGAAUUAAUCCCUGGGGCUGAGUUCCGAUGUUUUGUCAAGGAAAACAAGCUUAUUGGUAUUUCUCAGAGGGACUACACGCAGUACUAUGAUCAUAUUUCUAAGCAAAAAGAAGAAAUUUGCAGAUGCAUUCAAGACUUUUUCAAGGAACACCUGCAGUACAAAUUCUUAGAUGAAGACUUUGUGUUCGAUAUAUACAGAGACAGUAGGGGCAAGGUGUGGCUGAUCGACUUUAACCCUUUUGGGGAGGUCACAGACUCUCUGCUGUUUACUUGGGAAGAGCUAACGUCGGAGAACAAUCUGCGAGGCGACGACAGUGAGGCGGACGCUCUGGAGCAGGAUUCUCCAGCCUUCCGUUGUACAAACAGUGAAGUCACGGUCCAGCCCAGCCCCUAUCUGAGCUACGGCCUGCCCAAGGACUUCGUAGACCUUUCCACCGGGGAAGAUGCUCACAAGCUCAUAGAUUUUCUUAAGCUGAAAAGAAAUCAGCAAGAGGACGACUGAGCGCUGCUUGGAGAAUAAGUCAAGAGGGAAACAGCUUUUCAGAAGCCUCAUAUAGAACACAACUUUCCAGUGACCCAAACUAGGUGCAGAUGGGUGGGCAGUAUGCAAAAUCAUCAGCUUUUAUAUUCGUGUAUGUUUACCCGGAGAAAGAUGGAGGACCUUUGGUACUUGUAAAAGAAAUAACAAUAUAAUAAAUAGAUCUUAAACACAAGGAAGCACACUGUGAUGGUUUGUAUAUGCUUGGGCCAGGGAGUGGCACUAUGAGGAGGUGUGGCCUGUUGGAGUAGGGGUGUCACUGUGGGUGUGGGCUUUAAGACCCUAGUCCUAGCUGCCUGGAAGUCAGUUUUCUCCUAGCUACCUUCAGCUAACUCUCAGCUCCUCCUGCACCAUGCCUGCCUGGGUGCCACCAUACUCCCACCUUGAUGAUAAUGGACUGAAACUCUGAACCUCUGAACCUGUAAGCCAGCCCCAGUGAAAUGUUGUUCUUAUAAGAGUUGUCUUGGUCAUGGCGUCUGCUCACGGCUACUAUGCUAAGACACACACUGUUCUGAAAAUAAAAUAACUUUCUACGAAA